CGUUAAAACAUCCGUUUGACUAUCGAAGUUAGUUCCAUCCUCUUCUUUUGUGAAUUCAGUGAAGUGUUCUCUCUGAACAAUGCAGCUGUUGUCAAUUCUCUGCAUUUGUUUAUUGCCAAAAUUAUUAUUUUCUGCCUAUGUCAGUGAUUUGAAUUCAAGCACAGAUUGCAAGGUGCUUUUGGCCCAAAAAGAUAAAGAAAGAGCAACAAAUCCUGUCUUGGCCAAUGAAAUCACCACCACAAAUGAGACGGACUACAAAAAAGCAACAUCAAUUUUCGAUUUCACCGUGAAAGAUACGUUCAAUGUCGAUAUUCCAUUGGGUGAAUACUGUCGUGGGUAUGUGACACUCAUUUUGAACGUUGCCUCGAGAUGCUUUUUGACGGACACAAACUAUGCUCAGUCGACACAAUUGAAUAAGAAAUAUAAUGAGAAAUUGCGAAUUUUGGUAUUUCCAUGCAAUCGAUUUGGCGGCCAAAUGCCGGAAACCGAUGGCGAAGAAAUGCUUUGUCAUUUCAAAAGAUGGAACGCUGCACCUGGCCAAAUUUUAGCCAAAGUAAAUGUAAACGGAAAUUCAGCGAUUCCAUUGUAUAAAUAUUUGAAAAAAGAAUUAAAAGGCAGCAUUGGCCCUGAUAUUGAGUGGAAUUUCGUUAAAUUUUUAAUCGAUAAAAAUGGAAAGCCAGUUAAACGCUAUAUUGAAAUCGUUGCACCGAUGGAUAUCGUUAAUGACAUCGAAGCGCUUUUUUGAGGGCAUGGCAUCAAAUGCAACGAACUACAGUGGGGCAAGGAUUUCCAGACGUCCAUUCACGAGACUUUCCCUACGUUGAUUGGAUUUGAAGCGAAAUGGCAAAAUACGAUCAAUAAAAUCCAGUAUUCUUACCAUAGACGGGCAGACUGGAAAUG